AUGCCGCCCAAGAAGAAGGAGGAGGAGAAGCCGCGCGUCAUCCUGGGCCGGCCUACCAACCAUGUCAAGGCUGGCAUGGUGGGCAUGCCAAACGUGGGCAAGUCGACGACGUUCAACAUCAUGUGCAAGAUGUCUGUGCCGGCCGAGAACUUUCCCUUCUGCACCAUCGAUCCGACCGAGGCCAGGGUCGAGGUGCCGGACCCGAAGUGGCGCAAGCUGUGCGACAUGUGGAAGCCAAAGAAUGAGGUGCCGGCGUACCUGACCAUCUUUGACAUCGCGGGUCUGGUCAAGGGCGCGGCGGACGGCGAGGGCCUCGGCAAUGCCUUCCUCUCCCACAUCUCGGCGACGGACGCCAUCUUCCACGUGGUGCGCACCUUCGAGGAGACGGCGGACGGCGACAUGGCGACGCACGUCGAGGACUCGGUGGACCCGGACGUCGCCGCGCUCGAGAAGCUGAUUGAGCCGCUCGAGAAGGAGGUAAAGAGGGACGGCAAGGCCAAGGAGAAGAAGGACCGGCUCGAGAUCAUGAACAAGAUCCUCGAGUUCGUCAAGGAGAAGGAGGCGCGCUUCGGAGCGUGGAGCACCAAGGAGAUCGACGUGCUCAACGAGUGCUGCCUGCUCACCUCCAAGACGGCGAGCCGAGCCGAGAGCCCUCCACCUCGUCAACAUGUCCGAGAAGGACUUUUUGCGCAAGAAGAACAAGUGGCUCCCGAAGCUCAAGGCGACGGCUCGCCUUGCCGCCCUUUGCCGGGACUCGCCUCACGAUCGCUAGCGUGGAUCGACGAGAACCGGCCGGGCGAGAGCAUGAUACCGUACUCGGCCGCGCUGGAGGCGAGGCCGGGUCGGCCUGCGAGGCUGGUCGACAUGGAGCCGGCGGAGAGGGCCGCCUACUGCGAGGAGCAGAAGUGCGCGAGCCAGAUGGACAAGAUCGUCUGCACCGGCUACCACACGCUGCAGCUCGUCCACUUUUACACCGCCGGCGCCGACGAGGUCAAGUGCUGGACGAUCCGCGAGGGGUGGACGGCGCCUAAGGCGGCGGGGACCAUCCACACGGACUUUGAGCGCGGUUUCAUCAAGGCGGAGGUCUACAACUACGACGACUGGAAGGCGCAGCUGAAGGAGACGGACGACGGCCGUGCCGGCCCGCUCGCGGAGACGGCGGUCAAGGAGUCGGGAAAGUACCGGCAGGAGGGGAAGAACUACGUGGUCAAGGACGGCGACGUCAUCUUCUUCAAGUUUAACGUAACGACGGACAAGAAGAAGUAGCCGACAUGAUCGCCCGCCGGUUUUGGCCGCCCUCUCUCGCCCGUGGGCGGUGUGGGUGUGCCCCACCGCACGUGCGCGUGCGCCCCGCCAGUCGGUAGCCCGGAAGCCCGCGCGCGCGUUGUUAUAUUCUAACCCCUUUACGGUGACACGUACGGUACAAAGAGAUAAGA